AUGAACGCCUUUAUGGACUUUCUGAACAUGGGUGUUGCUUACAUGAUGAUAAUGGUGGCUGCAAUACAGGGUGGGGUGAACGUCAUAGCAGAGGGCAGGGACUGGCAUGACUUCUUUUCAAUCCUACUUCAAGGAGUCUGCGAUGCUAACAAAUUGUUCUGGGACGUGUGCGUGAAGAGCCCGGGCGGGAUCCAUGAUGCCACCCACUUGAGGGACUCCGAGCUGUGGACAAAGUUGAGGGCGCAUGAGAUUCUUCAAGAGCCGGUGAUCAGCAUUGAAGGGAGAGACAUCAAACCCUACAUUGUUGGGGACAGCGCGUAUCCACUAAACUCUUUCCUGCUGAAACCCUUCAACAACAAGUCCACAGGGACUCUCGAACAAAAUCUGUUUGACAAGCAGAUCAGGAAGGGAAGAGUGAAGAUUGAGAAUGCCUUUGGGAUCUUGAAAAGCAGGUGGCAGAUCCUUAAGAACCUAAACAUUGGGGUAGAGAAGGCUGCAGAUGUGAUUGUGGCAUGCACUGUGUUGCACAACAUCUGCAUUCUUGCGGGGCAGCUAGGAGGAGAUGAUCUGAUGGACCCUCAUCCUAAUGACUUUGGAGGAGGUGCCCCAGGCCUUGCUGUUCAAUCAGAAUACGCUAGCAAGAAAGAGGGAAAGAGAAGAAGAGACCUUCUGCUAGCUGACUUUAUAGAGAGAAACCCUUUGAUAGACCUAGAAAACUGA